CGUUACAAUUCUUCAAUAGUGUUAUUCUCUGUGUGAUCAUUCAUUAAGGAAAAUUGUUUUAAAUUGUUUGUUUGUUAAGGUGUAUGUGUAUUCUAUGUUUAAAACAAUGUUAGUACCUAACAAAGCAGAAGAAAUUGCAAAACAGUAUUUAAAAAACAAGACAGUACCAGAUCAUCAUGUUAACAAAACUUACAAACUGGUUGUCUCCAUGUUGUCCCAUGAAUGCUUUGAAAACGAAAAUUAUAAUUGGAGCUUAGAUGAUUUUGAACUAGGGCAGCGUUUAGGUAGAGGAAAAUUUGGUCGUGUUUACAUGGCUAGAGAAAAAAAAACUGGAUAUCUUGUAGCAAUGAAGACAUUAUUCAAGAAGGAGAUUGUUGAAGGCAACGUAGAACGCCAAAUUCUGCGAGAAAUAGAGAUUCAAACUCACUUGAAACAUCCAAAUAUUCUGCAGUUGCUAACAUGGUUUCAUGAUGAUUUUCGUAUUUAUUUAGCCUUAGAAUAUGCCGGCCGAGGGGAAUUAUAUAAACACUUAAAAUCUAGUCCUGGAGGUCAUUUUGAUGAACAUUUGACUGCAAAAUACAUAUAUCAAGUAGCAGAUGCUUUAAAUUAUUGCCAUCAGAGAAGGGUAAUUCACCGUGACAUAAAGCCAGAGAAUUUGCUUUUGACAACAAAUGGAGACAUCAAAUUAGCAGAUUUUGGAUGGUCAGUACAUGCACCAUCCCUCAGGCGUAAAACAAUGUGUGGAACAUUAGAUUACCUUCCACCAGAAAUAGUGGACAAUAAAAUUUAUGGAAAAUAUGUAGAUCACUGGUGUUUAGGUAUACUAUGUUUUGAGUUUUUGGUGGGAUCUCCACCCUUUGAAAGCCAGAAUUCCGAAGAAACAUACAAUAGAAUUCGCACAGUUGAUAUCAAAUUCCCUCCACAUGUUCCUUCAGGAGCUAUAAAUUUAAUAUCAGGGUUACUUGUUCAUGAAGCUGAGAAACGUUUAACUCUUCCAGAAGUCAUGAAACAUCCUUGGAUUAAAGCGAAUAUGAAUAAGCAGUAGAUUAUUUUUAAGUUUAAAUAAUUUUUUACAUGU